UACUUCCUGUUAUUUUGCCUUCUAUCUGCUUGCCAUGUCACUCUUCAUGUACACAUCUGCUAGGGCCAUUUCGCCUUCUGACCCUCCUGUACACAAAGAGCCCAUUAGGCCUGUAGCUGUUAUGCCAAGUAUUAAGUGGCAAACGUUUGUUCAAGAGAUGCUCGAUUGGCAUCACGUUGCAACUACCUACCUUGCCUGCAUCAAUUAUGGUCUGACCGGACGAGAGGAGAGGAGUAUUAGCUACACCCACCUUAACGACUGGAACCUUCGUUAUUCUUCUGCUAUCCUGCCCAAGUACGAUAUUCCCUCUUUCGACUUCGACUACGACCUGGACUGGCCUUUUGUUGAUGAUGGGGGUGCAAUAAAUUGGCGUUGGUGGGGCUGUUACCGCGGCCUCUACCCGCCCUAUCUAGGGCGGCUUUGGUCCCAGAUGUGGUUCCCCUCUACUGUUGUCCAGGAGUGGCCGCUCCGGGAUGGACCAGUUCAUGGUCGGGUAGUAGGUGAUCUACUAGAUGCUACCCGAUUCUAUCCGCCUUAUAUGUGGAACCACAACAUGAAGCUUCUGAGGCUUAUGUUUCAUAAUACUGAGGUGGUUGAACUAGAAGACCCAUAUUCUAAGCCUGACUUCUAUUUCCGGCAUACUCUUCGGCCAAGGCAUAGGCGUGCAAGGUCAGAAGAAUGGUACACAUCGGAGAACUCUCCCUGUUGGGUUCGGCCUAAUGCUCAUUGGCAUGUUACAGGAUCUCCAAUUAGUGUGGAUCCGUCAUUGGGCAAUUGGGCGCAUGGAUUGGGCUCAUCAGCACUGGUCUGGUCGGAAAAGGAAGGCAGAUAA